AUGGCCUUAAUUUACGCUGGCGUUGCUCUUGUCCUUCUACUUGCCUAUUUUUAUAAUGCGCAGUCCAAGUUGCCGCCCGGUCCCUCCGCAAUACAGCUUCUGGCAAGCAUGCUUCUGUCUAGGAACUAUAUCUGGAAGCAGUUUCAACAGUGGCACAAGAACUAUGGCCCCGUCAUUUGCCUCAGGAUUGGUCAGGUAACCAUCAUCAGCAUCGGAGAUCGGAAAGCAGCACAUGCCAUACUCAACAGGAGAAGUCCGAUAUAUAGCUCUCGCCCCCGGAUGGUGGUGGCUGGAGAGUGCAUUACCAAAGGCCUGGCUCCGGUCUUGGCUCCAUAUGGACCCCAGUGGAUUCAAUUUCACAAGAUACACACGACGCUUCUGAACGCAAGACGAUGCCGGUUGUAUCGCCCCCUUCAAGAGCUGGAAAGUCGUCACCUUCUUUUCAACUUGCUGUCAAGCAAUGAUUUCCAAACAGAGUUUCACCGCUACGCCUCCAGUUUGAUGUACUCGUUGGUCUACGGCAAGCGAUUUGUCUCUGCCGACGACCCGGAACUCAAGGAGAUUCGACACAUGGUUGAUGUUACUUCGCAGGCUAUAUCGUUUGGCACUUGGAUCGUCGACAUAUUCCCUAUUUUCAAUUGCCUACCACGAUCCCUCGCCAAGUGGAAGCGUGUGGGAGAUGACAUUCACAAUAGGCAGACUGAGCUUUUCCAGCAAAACACCACGGCCGCUCUGAAUAGACCUUCGUGGAACCUGACCAAACAUUGCAUGCUCGAGCCGCCCGUGCCCGUCUCCCCCAAGGAGUACAUGUUUGUAUUGGCAGAGUUUAUAGAAGGUGGGAGUGAUACAACCGCUGCGGCCCUCAUGGUUUCAAUGCUUGCUUGUGUAACUCGCCCGGCUGCCAUGCACAUGGCGCAGGAAGAGCUGGACAAGGUUGUUGGUGAUGAUCGCUUGCCAAGCUUUGACGACCUUCCCAAUCUCCCGUACAUGACAGCCUUUGUCGAAGAAGUCCUCCGUUGGCGGUCACUCACACCCGCCGGAGUUGCCCAUGCUCCGAUACGGGACGAUACCUACAAUGGAUACUCUAUACCAAAAGGAACCUGUAUCAUAGCGAACCAUUGGUCGCUGGACAUGGAUGACGAUGCCUUUGCCAACCCACAAAGUUUUGUGCCCGAAAGAUGGAUAGACAACCCCAAAUUACAGGGACACUCGGCAUUUGGUUUUGGCAAACGAUCUUGUCCUGGUCAGCACCUCGCCCGGGCCUCUCUCUUGCUGGGCUUAUCUCGAUUGUUCUGGGCUUAUGAUAUUACAUGGAAACAAGAUCAAGGGUGCUCUCCAGAAGCUGUAAAUAUGAUUAACGGCGCUGUUUCGAGGCCAGCCUCCUUUGAGGCUGUAUUCACCAUUCGCAGUCCGGCUCGUAGGAGGGUAGUAGAAGAACAGUUACCUACCGAGACCGAGCUAGAACCGGUAUUGGACUCAAUCCACCAAUCCAUCUGCCACGAAUGA